AUGUACACGGGAAUAUGCCAUCCAGUUUUGAGCUGGAAGGUCUCCAAGAACAACAUGGGCAAGCUUCUUCAACGCUUUGCCGACUUCCCCAAGCUCAAGACCCUCAUUUUCGUGGUCCAUCAAGAGUUUCAGUUCGAGUUUGACUUUCGCUGCCUACCGAGCCACGCCAUCGCAAUUCCGCCCACCGCACCCACUCUCAUGCCGCGGCCGCAGCUCGUGCACCAGGCGUAUCGCUUCAAGUUCGACAUCGAGGCCAACAUCAACUAUCGGCCGCGGCGUCCGCACGUCAACGAGCUGCUGUACUACCCGCUGGACAUCGACGAGGACAAGGACGACUGGGACAGGGACAACCCGGACGAAGACAACGAGUUCUACGAUCCGUGGCCGACGAACGAUGACUGGCGCCGUUUCAGGAGGCGCUUUCAGCGCGCCAUACACCUCAGCCUCGACGUGGGGUUGACGGAAGGUGGCGGCGUGAAGUCGGAUGCCGUACCCGCGCUCAAGGGGGCGAGUUUGCUCUGGCGUUAUACGCGGGGCGGGUACGUGUGA